GAUAGAGAUAUAGAUAGGAUGAUAGUACAUACGGAUAUAUCAUUCCCAUUGGAGUUUCCUGUUGGCAAGAAGUAUGUGUCUGCAUUGUUCACUCUAAAGAAGGGUGAGGAUUCGUCAGUUGCUGUCGAUCAGUUCUCAAGAGAAUAUGAUAUACCACCAUACCUAUCUGUUUCAUUGUUGAACACAAUAGACACCUUCUUAAACAUAAACCGACAGGAGUAUCAUGACCGACAGGAUGAGGCUUCUAUUGAAGGAUUCCCUCUAUCAAUGAUUCAAUCAAAGACAAUGACAUUGGCGCAUCAGUACACUGAGAGAACACACUAUUGGAACAGUAUGUUGCCCAAUGAAGAGACUGCCGAGCAAAAGUUCCAGGAGGAGAGAAUCAAGAUGUUCCUCUAUCUUGUCAACAAGUCGAGCGAGUCAAAAGAGAAGAUCAUCAACCAGGAGGAGUUAUUCGCCACUGCAUUCAACAUUCUGCUGAGCAAGCGAAAAGAGGAGUUACAAUCAAUCACUGACAGUCACUCAAAGUUGAUGCAAGAGGCAGCGGAUGAGGGUGCUAAGGAUAAGAUCGAGGAAUUGAUCACUGACAAUGUAUCAAAGACUGAUGAGGUGGAGCUGCGAUAUCAAGGCGAGAUAAGUGCAAUGAAAAUGAAGCAAAAGAACGACUUUACUUCUUUCCUCAAUGAUCUCUAUUGGCUAGAGACUACAAAGGAUGAGUUGGACAAGGCCGACGAAGAUCUUUUGGUGACAACAAAGCCUCGCAGCGGCAGUAGUAGCAGUAGAAAGGGAUCAAACCCUCCUCAACCAUUUCACAGCAGAAAGCAAGAUCAGACAACACCAUCCAAAGAGUCUGAAAAGGUCAGUAUAAUUGGUUCUUUGGGACAAGGAUUAGACAAGGGCGUACAGAGAGCCUCUUCAUUCUUCUCAUUGGAUCGUUUCAAGAAGACAGUUCAACAAACACCUGGACAGCCACAAUCAUCGACACCAACAUCAUCAUCAACAUCGCCAUCAUCAACAGUUGGCAACAACAACAACAACAACAACAAUGAUGUAUCAUCAUCGUCAGGUGCAUCUUCACUCAUUGGCAGCAUCACCAAUACAUUUUCCAACAGCGUCUCCAAUUCAAAGCCUCCAAGAAAGGAAUCAGUUGGAUCGACAUUCUCACCUGCUGUCAGACCAGCCAAACAAACGGCCAUUUAA